AAUAAAUUACAGUAUUUUAAAGCACAAUGCUCGCGCAUACAAUUUCAUAACUGGCACGUGAGCGUAAUUACAAAAAAAGUUCUGAUAAGCUGAUACUCUUUUCACGUUAAUUCCUUUUGAUCUUUUAUACAGAUCUCACGUGACGUUCAUAUGGUAUGUUUUACUGAGUAAGUAUAUGACAGUAUCAUUGCGACAUUAUCACAUGACAUACGAUUUAAUACUCCGAAUAUCAAGCCUGUUUCACGACUCACGAAGAUGAAACUGUAAUACUAAAUCGACCGUCUUUCCGAUUGUCUUUUGUUUGAGAAAAUCUUAUCUCGAUGAUCGCCAUGUGGCACAUUAAGUACGUUAUCGCAGUUUGCUAAUCAAGCACUUGAAAAAUCAUUGCAUUCCCCGCCGUAAUGGAUUAUCAAGUGUACAAGAGGUAUCAGUGUUUGUUGUACACUGUGCUGAAUAGGGAGUCUUUUAUCCGCAAUUGCCGUUUCAUAGAUCACGUUUUUCUUUCGAAAGUUCACGCCGAUAAGGCUACAGUUUUAUACGUCCAAUACACGUCCAUUUCGCGGAAAUUGUGUGAAAAACUUUCAACCGUGAAAAUUACUUUAUUUACACGCUGAGAGAAAACUGAAACAUAUUGAGACUAAGAAAAUGUGGCCGAAUGUUACACUCUCUCAAAGUUGCAACCUCAAGGGACUUCUCCUACGGAGGAUACCGAUUCUAGCAUGGCUACCCCUGUACAGUUGGAGCAAACUUGUGCAAGACACUUUGGCAGGGUUGACAGUGGGUCUGACCGCGAUACCGCAGGGCAUAGCGUAUGCAACAGUGGCUGGACUUCCGGCACAGUAUGGCCUGUACAGCAGUUUCAUGGGUUGCUUCGUUUAUCUGGUCUUCGGUAGUAGCAAGGAUGUGACGGUGGGACCUACUGCGAUAAUGGCAUUAAUGGUGCACAAGUACGUGACCAAUCUGGGAGAGGAUCUCGCUGUGCUCGUGUGCUUCUUAUCAGGCGCCGUGAUCAUGAUCUUAGGAGUGCUUCAUUUGGGAUUUCUCGUAGACUUUAUAAGCAUGCCUGUAAUUUGCGGCUUCAGUAAUGCCGCGGCGAUUAUUAUCGCUACUUCUCAAUUAGGUACUUUGCUGGGUAUAAAAGGACGCAGUGACUCGUUUAUCGACGGUAUUUCAAAGGUUGUUAAUCACAUAAACGAAACCCAACCUUGGGACACGGUGCUAGGAGUGUGUUCGAUGAUAGUGCUGGUACUUCUCAAGAAUCUGCCCGGCAAGAAGCUGGGAACUCUUUUCGAAAAAUUCAUGUGGCUAAUAUCCUUGGCCAGAAACGCCAUAGUCGUGGUGGUCGGGACUCUCAUAGCCUACAUACUGUAUUCUCAUGGCAUCAAGCCUUUCCAAAUUACGGGCGACAUAGCUGACGGUUUGCCACCGUUUUCCUUACCCCCGUUUACCAUCGUAAACGGAAACCGUACGUAUACAUUCACAGAGACGGUAGGCGAGCUCGGCACCGGCAUCGCCUCGAUACCACUCAUCGCUAUUUUGGAGAGCAUCGCCAUCGCUAAGGCAUUUGCAAAAGGAAAGACUCUUGACGCCAAUCAAGAGAUGCUGGCGCUCGGGCUUUGCAACAUAUGCAGCAGCUUCGUGAGAUCGAUGCCCGUAACUGGAAGUUUCACUCGUACCGCCGUUAACAAUGCAUCCGGCGUGAAAACGCCAAUGGGUGGUGUUAUCACCGGUGGUCUGGUGCUUCUGGCAUGCGGCCUGUUGACAUCUACUUUCAAAUACAUCCCCAAAGCUACGUUAGCGGCCGUCAUCAUAAUCGCGAUGUUCUAUAUGUUCGAAACACGUAUUUUCGUUGUUCUCUGGAGAACAAAGAAAAUCGAUCUAGUGCCGUUGAUAGUGACGUUAUUAUGUUGCUUGGCGGUCGGUUUGGAGUACGGUAUGAUCGCCGGGAUUGCGGUAAAUCUAAUUCUCUUACUCUAUUUCGCGGCCCGGCCGGGGUUAUUGAUCGAAGAGCGGAUCGUUGAUGGCUUGACCGUGCUUUUCGUAUCGCCCAAGCAAUCCUUGAGCUUCCCAGCAGCGGAGUACCUCCGAGAGCGAGUAAUGUCGUGGUGUGACAAGAGGCCAACAAGCUUACCGGUGGUAGUGGAGGGUCGUCACGUGCUCAGGAUUGAUGCUACAGUCGCGAAAAACCUGGCAUUGCUCCUGUCGGAUCUCGCCGCGCGGGAUCAGAAGAUCAUUUUUUGGAACUGGUGCGAGGACGCCAGACAGACUUUGAUAAGUUACGACCCGUCACUCAUGGACUAUUGUAAAUCAUCCGGCAGCAUAGAGCAGAUAUUUUCAGACAAUUCCGUGAUUCUCCGAUUGAGUUGAGUCGACAGAUUUAUUGUCAUAAGAUAUGUGUUCAUUACGUUCCCUAGGAUAAAUUAUUAUACGUCGUUUUUACUCAUAUUUUCUAAAUGCAACGUUGCAAUGUAUAUGAUGAUAAUAAUAUUAAACCUGAAUUUUGAAACUAA